UGCGGGAGCAGACAUCAUCGGAAAUUCCUUAAUUUUCGGCUAUGGCAAUGUGAAGAAAGAAAGCUGUGUCACUGUGAGCUUUCUGUGUUUUGGCGGCAAAAAUGGUACUGGAAGGGAUAACCUUGGGAAGAACUACUGUAACUCCAUUCCGGUUGAACUGGGGAGCUUUAAAAAGAAUACAGUCUCAAGUUGUCUCUUCAACUACUCGAGCUUCUCAGUCAAUGGAGGACAAGGACAAGGUCUACAAAGAAUUGGGGUUGUUUUCAUUAAGAAAGAAGAUUGAAGACGCAGUCCUCCGUGCUGAAGUUCUGGCAUCAAAAGCAUUGGAGUCGGAAGAAGCAAAACAAAUCAAGCAGGAACAGAUGAUUCGUGAAUAUAACCUUUGGGAUGACCUUACUAAAUCAAGCAAAAUUCUUUUUGAGUUAGCUGAUAGUACCAAAGUGGUGGAUGCUCUCAGAGACGUGCGAUACAAGGCCGAAGAAGCCAAACUGAUUACACAGCUAGCAGAGACAGAUGCCAUAAACUCCAGGCUUUUCAAGCAAGCAUAUAAAGCCUCUGUAGAUAUGAGCAAGUUCUUGGAUCGAUAUGAGAUGUCCAAGCUUCUUGGUGGACCAUAUGACAUGGAAGGGGCUUGUGUGACUAUUCAAGCCGGACCUAAAGGUGUCUAUCCUGAGGUUUGGAUAGCAUGUUUUACCCUUUCAUUUAAACAUUAUGGCACUGAAGAAAACUCUGCUUUAAAGAUUUAAAUAUUUGUUUUUGAUGAUCUCCAUUUUCUUGUGU